CUUGUCACUGUGUGGAGUACGUGUCACCAACACCUUCUACAUAUGAUCAGAUAACGCCUGCUUCAACACCACAGUGAGCUGGUGCCUUUCGUAGCCGGGUGUUAGCAUGAGAUAACAUCAGGGACGUCUGAAACUCCAUCAAGCUCCAACGACAUCGGUAACGUCACGCCAACGUUCAAGUCAUACCACGGCGUUAUCGGCGUCAGACGUUGAGGAAGCGUCACUGUUUCCUGGAUACAUCUGUUCCUGGCUGUCAGACUUUAACACAGGUAAUCAGGCGUCACGGAUCGCCCACAGCAGACAAGUCCUCACUGAUGACAGGGUUCAGCAAAAAGUGGGAAUCAAUAACACAGAUGAAUACAUUAUCCCUUCUGUGCUUAAUGUGGUGUUAAUGUCCGACCGUCAUUAAAUAGCGAUCACACCGUGAGCCGCCUCCUGGCGAGGGACCCAAUAAGGAGUUAUACAGGACUUCUCUGGAAACUAGGGUGACGGGGAAUAACUGCUCUCCCACUCCACCAUUGAGGAGCUCCACCAUAAACUUUACAGCAGGUGGAGUGCCAGCAAUGUACACAAGUUGUCCUAACUUUUAAGACCGGACUCAACUUCAAGUGAGGGCGACAAGAUGCCGACGUCCAGCCAAGCCCUCAUCCUCAUCAAGACGGACAGUGGACGGCUGUCCACAUUCUACAAGACCCGGGUCACGCCAGACAUGACCCCUCUACCGCUGUCCAGGGUCAACCUGACAGGAGAUCCUGCGGCCAGAGUCCCUUAUACCAGGCCCAAGGAAAUGGUUCACAGUCAAAGCGAGCCAUUCCAGCCAAGUAAACCCCUUGAGGGUCAGACAGUCAGCGGAUAUCGCGGGGUCCUGUCAUUCGACCCCACUCUGAAGUCAUUCCGGUGGCAGUUGCUUCCCGGCCCAACGGACCAUAAGCUGAGUCUUCAUGAACAGUCCCAGCACCCAGCGUCCCCGGACCAGGAAGAGAGUCACGUGCAGGAGGAGGUUGUGCUCAUCAACCUGGACGACCCCCCGCCACAACUCCCCCUACCCCCCGGGGUCUCCAUAGACAACUCCUACCGUCGACUACUUAAUCUCGGAUUUCCGACUUCGUCAUUUCGGGGACUAAACUCAUCCCAGAGUCCAGAGCCUUGGGACAGUGGGUUGUCGGCGCUUGACCCCAGGAGGACAGCCUCCCACAGGCCCAUGUCGGGCCGGGGCCACACCCCAGCGCAACUGGCUGACAGACACAUGUCGGCUCCAGUCAUGGACGUUCUAUCUCAACUGCGCCGGGAUGAUCCUGAUUCAAGCGUAUUUUCAGCACACACCACUCUCAACAGACUGACGGACGCACGGACCACGAGACGAAAGGUCGCCAUACCAUCCGUAGCUUCCAGGUACCAGUUGUCAUGGAAACCAGACAAUAGCACCACGCCUAGUCGCCUCGUUGCGUCGUCUCAUCGUCGUUACCACGUGAUCUUACCACCGAUUGAGGAAAGGAAGCGUGAAUUUACGGGGUCAAGGUCACGUCGGGCACGACCAGCAAGAUCUGACAUGGACAACAGGCCAGAGCUGUCACCAAGCCAAGAAAAGGCGUUCAUAGACGACGUCAAGAAGACGCAUAAACGGAAGAAAUCAAAGUUGCCAAUCAUACGCAUGCGGCGAGAGUUGCCGCCACCCGCACCACAUGCCCUGUGUUUCUGUCUGAAGAACAAACGUAGCUUCUCACACGAGGAAAUCAAGAAGAUUCUGGAGAACCAGCUAGGUACUUCCGUUAAAACCCUCAUGUUUGAUCCGCUCUACGUCCACCUGGGAGUGGAAAACACCGACGGUGCCUGUCUAUGGGUUUUCACACUGGCCGAUGACGCAAUCAAAAUCCACUUGUUGCAUCAAGGUCUAAUAUUCGAAGAAGAACGUGUGCGCGUGCGUCUCUACGACGACGUGCUGUAUGAUGAACAUGAAGCUUACCGCCUGUACCGUAGCGUGGAGGUGGAACAUCAACGUCUGCAGCUGAUGCCGUCACAACGGCGGUCCUCACAGAAGUCGCUGGGGAGUGUGCCCAGGCUGCAGAAACACGUUGCCUUCACUGGCUCUUUUUGAAUGACAAUCAUGCAUUAUCAUUUAACAUUUUAUCAAUGGCUUCAUGUUCUCCAGGUUCUGCUGAAAACGUGUAUGAAAGUUGAGUUCGUAUAAAGAUUUGUAAAUGUACCUUGUAAAUCAAAUUUCUAAUAUACUGUAUUAUUAUACUCCCUACUCCACACAAUGAAAGUAUAUUAUUUACACUUCA